AUGCAGCAUCUUGCAUCGCUACUUCGGCAUGAUGGCGACGAAGACAAGCCCGAGCCUUUGUGCCGGUUCCGCGAACUUGCACAGCAUGCUGAAGUACAAUUGCUAAUCCUGCACCGUGGGGACCACUGUCAGAGUGAUUCGUCUAUGCAGGUACACGGUAGCUAUGAAGCUGUAAACGCCUGGGCUGAGACAACUGGUGAUCUUAAUACCCUCAAUUUGAGAGACAUGCGUCGACUCCUGACUGUGGCUCACAUGUGA